CUUGCCUCACGUACCCUUCAGGGGAUCUAUUUGUCCACAGUCUCUCUCCUUGUCUUGUGCACAUGUGCGAACACAUCUGAUUGCGCGACGACUGUUCCCUCGACCUUCUCCACCUCCACCUCUACCUCUACCUCUACCUCCACCGCCCCUCUCACCAUGGUUCGACUGCGUGAGAUUCCACGCACCGCCGUCUUCGCCUGGUUGCCCGGCAGCGGAGCCCCGCUCGUGGUCACGGGAACGAGGGCGGGCGCUGUCGGCGAUGACUUCUCCAGCGAAAUCAAGCUGGAACUGUGGGAUCUGCGUCUCAAUGAGCUGCACGCCGACGGCGAAUUGACGCCAGCUGGCAGCAUCACCACGGACUCGGGCUUUAACGAUAUCGCCUGGAGCGCUCCGGACGACAACCAUCCAUUGGGUGUGAUUGCCGGUGCCCUCGAGAAUGGCAGCGUGGAUCUGUGGGAUGCCCAGAAGCUCCGCAAUGGCUCUGCGGAUGCCUUCAUCUCGCGAACGACGAAGCACAGCGGAAGCGCUCGAGCUCUCCAGUGGAACCCCUACAGACACAACAUGCUGGCCUCUGUUGGCGCAAAGGGCGAGAUCUACAUUUAUGAUCUGAACAACAUGGCCAACGCUUCUCGAUUGGGAGCGAGUGUGGCACGAGCCGACGACAUUGAGUGUCUUGACUGGAAUAAGCAAGAGAAGACGGCACACAUCCUCGCUACUGGUAGCAGCGGUGGCUUCGUCACGGUCUGGGAUGUUAAGCAAAAGCGGGACAUUCUGACCCUGAAUAAUCAAGGUCGCAAGGCUGUAAGCGCAGUAGCCUGGGACCCGCAAGAGAGCACAAAGCUGGCAACAGCCACGUCCAAUGACCAGGAGCCGCUGAUAUUCUUGUGGAGUCUGCGGAACAGCAGCGCGCCCGAACGAACGUUGAAGGGUCAUGAGCUGGGUGUCUUGGGCCUCUCGUGGUGUGUGCAGGACCCAGAACUGCUCCUCUCGUGCGGCAAGGAUAACCGGACCAUUUGUUGGAAUCCCAAGACGGGCGAGCGAUAUGGUGACUUCGCGGCUGGGUCCAAUUGGGCGUUUCAAUCUACGUGGAAUCCGCAUAAUCCGAGCUUGAUCGCUAGCGCCUCAUUUGAUGGCAAGAUUCUGAUCACUUCCACACAGAGCACCAACUCCAAGUCAGAAGACCAAGGAUCAACCAACCAAGUCCUUGAUGGCGAGGACUUCUUCGCCAAGGCACAAUCACAGCCACAGGGGAUUUCCUUCAAUCUGCCAAAAGCGCCCAAGUGGGCCGAGAGACCUGCUGCUGUCUCCUUUGGUUUUGGCGGCAAGCUCAUACGCGUUGGCGCAGAUGCAUCGCGGAAAAGCAAGGUUUCAAUUGACACAUACGAAGUCGACAGCACCAUCGGAGAAGCUACAGUCAAGUUUGAGGAGAAGCUCGGCUCGAGCGAUCUCAAGGAUAUUCUCGCUACUAAGAUCGCGGACGCAAAAACUGACGAAGAAAAGUCUGAUUGGCAGGUGAUUGACACACUCAACGCAGGGAGCUCGAGAAAACAGCUCAGGCAGUACCUUGGCUUCGAGGACAGCUCCUCCAACGACCUGUCCGAGGCCACAGAGAAGCUUGCAGUCAACGGAGACAAUCAAACGAAUGGCACUGCGGACGACGAUUUCUUUGGCGGUGGGGCUGGCGAGGACAAUUUCCUUGCUAAUCUAGCAGGUUCGAAGGGCGCCAAGGUCAACAACCCGUUCAAGAUAUACACCGGAUCAGAGUCUGAUGCAGACAAGAGCAUUACACAAGCAUUAAUGCUGGGCGAGUUUGAAAAGGCAUUGGACGUCUGCCUGAAGGAAGAUCGCAUGUCGGACGCAUUUAUGAUUGCGGUGUGUGGUGGUCAACAAUGCAUUGAUAAAGCACAGACCGCGUACCUAAAGAAGAAGACGGAUGGGCCGAACUACUUGCGGCUGCUUGCGAGCAUUGUCGGCAAGAACUUGUGGGAUGUCGUACACAAUGCUGAGCUAAACGAUUGGAAGGAAGUGAUGGCCACACUGUGCACCUAUGCAGACGAGAAAGAGUUCCCGGACCUUUGUGAAACUUUAGGUGAUCGUUUGGAGGAAGCCUUUCAGAGCGGCGAUGGCCCAAAGACGCUACGACGCGACGCCUCGUUCUGCUAUCUUGCCGGUGCUAAACUUGAGAAGGUCGUUAUCAACUGGGUCGCCGAGUUUGAGGAACAAGAGAAGGAUGCGCAGGAGAAGUCCGAGUCUGACAGCAGCUUUUCGGUGCACGCCAAAUGUUUGCAAGAGUUCAUUGAAAAGGUCUCGGUCUUCCGCAAGGUUACCAAAUUUAGUGAUACCGAGUUGCAAGCCUCGGCGGAUUGGAAACUGGCACCACUCUAUAGUCUCUAUGCGGAGUACGCCGACAUACUCGCAUCUCACGGCCAACUCGCUGCUGCAGAGCGGUAUCUUGACUUGCUGCCCUCCAAAUUUGCAGGUGCGGAAACUUCUCAGCAACGUAUCAAGCAAGCGACGAAAAAGGCCACUGCUGCAGCACGACAGCCUGCCGCAGCGCAGCGUGGUGGCCGUAUGCAGCCAGCAGUGGGCACAUUCCAGCCAAUACCAACUGUACAGCCGGCCCAAGCACAGCCUGCACCUCUCAUCAACCAGGCUCGCAACCCAACAGCGUCGCCAUAUGCUCCCGUUGGCAUGAAUGCAACUGCCCAACAGUCAACGAACCCGUAUGCUCCUUCCAGCAAUGCGUACGCUCCGUCUGGCUACACGCCCGCGCAGACACCCCUCUCGUAUGGCCAACCAGCGUAUGGGGGAUACCAGGCACCUCAGCAACAGGCUGCUCUACCACCACCGCCUCGAGGCUCCACUGCUUCUCCCGCAGUCCUUCCCGCAGCUCUGUCGAAGAAGACGGGAGACUGGAACGAUAUGCCAGAAGGCUUCCUUGACAAGCGCCAGCCAACACCUCGACGAAAUACGCCUGGUCCGCAACCAGUGGCUGCUCCUUUCCCCGGCGCUCAGAACGUGAUGUCGCCCCCACCAGGCCCUCCAACUGCCUACGGCUAUCAAAAACCGACGCCGCCAUUACCGCCGCCACCAAAAGCUGGUGAGGGGCCGCCACGUGUGACCUCCCCACUUGCUGCGCCUAUGCCACCCCCAAUCCAGCGCCCGUCUUCUGCCGCCAACGCCUACUCGCCGCAAAUGCCGUCACAGAGUCAAGGUUCUACUCUACCCAUGCCAGCUGCUCCUCCUGUCCAACGAGGUGCUUCACCCUACCAGCCACCACCUUCAAUAUCGAGUGCGACUCCCUCGAACAGGUAUGCACCCGCCCCCGGAGCGCAGCCAUCUGCUUUACCCGGCCAAGCGCCACAGCAUCGUAAUGUUGCGCCCAAUCCAUAUCAAGCCCAGGGUCAGCCUCAAGGGCCGUACGCGCCACAGCCGCCUCCACAACAGGCACCAUAUGGCCAACCUCCACAGGCAGCAGCAGCACCUCGAGCGCCCGUCGGCCCGCCACCAAGUGGCCCUCCGCGUGGUAUGCCCAAAAUGUCAAGUGGACCACCUCCGGCUCGUCCUGCUGCGCAACAGCUCCCCACUCCGCAGCAAGAGGAACCGCCAGCUGUGACUCCUCAACCACAAGUACCAUCGACGCCAGCACAGCCAAAAUAUCCUCGUGGCGACCGAUCGCAUAUACCAGCGAGCGCACAGCCCAUCGUGGACUUGCUCACGCCGGAAGUGAGCCGCAUCAAGGCGGUUGCGCCGCAGACGUUCAAGCCUCAAGUUGACGACAUGGAAAAGCGAAUCAACAUCCUGUUUGAUCACUUGAACAAUGAAGAUCUGCUUCAGCCCGAUACUGUGCAACAGAUGGUACAAAUCGCACAGCUUGUUCAGCAGAAAGACUUUGAUCAGGCGCAAGCACGCUUCAACGAGAUGCAGCAGACCAAGCUGGAGACCGAGGGAACACACUGGAUGGUUGGUGUCAAGCGUCUGAUCGCGAUUGGCAAGGCCACAACGAAAGCCUCUUGAUCCUGUAGCACGAGGGGAGGGGAACCACAAUAACAACAACAAUAACAACAAAUGAACGGGAGCGAGUGCAGAACACUAGUACUAGCUUCACACACAGCGGACAAAUUAGAGCGUUGUAUAAGCUACCAGGUAGUCUCCGUGAUGUUGCGUGCGCGUGGAAGCUUUUUCAUCGAAAUGCGAUGCCCGUAAGCCCCUCCCGCAGGAAAGUCUAGGCAAGAUGAAACAGUGGCUUAAAAUUCCCACGUGUCUGGCAGCUGCACAGUGUCCAAAAGUGUUCGGCCGAGGGCUGUGAGACAACAGAUGAAUUACCUUCGAACAGGUAGUAGGUACAGAGCAUGAGAAUACGAACGAACCGUGCCGUGCUUGGACCUUUGCGG